AUGUUGCAGCUACCCAUAAAAACUAGAGCAACAUAUAGCUGGGGAGGAAACAAGAAAACGAAUGAACUAGGUUUCAUGGAGGGUGAUGUGAUCGAAAUCUUGAAAGUAGUUAAUGACAGCCUAUAUUUCGGUGAAUCACAAAGAACUAAAUUGAGAGGAUUUUUUCCUGCAAAGUAUGUUGCAUGCAAUGUGCCGAAUGAAAACCAGACCUCCCCUUCGGCACCAAGCACCCCUGUAUCUGCAAAUAGUUCUAAGAACAACAGUUUUAAUUCUUUGUUCACUCUGAAGAAGAAAGACAAGUCAUCAAGCUCAACCUUAAACACAGAUAUAUUGAAUAGUUCGUUUCAAGAAAAAAACCUUUCGGUGGUGGCGUCACCUUCUUCCCCGAAAAAUUCCGAACAGAAACAAGCAAAGAAAUUUACUUCAUCUUACGUCCAACAGCUAUUAGAUGCUUCAACGUUGAGUACAGAGACAGGAUCAUCCUCUGCAUUUGGCCAUUCCGACUUCAGUGCCACAUCUGCCGGAUCCUACAUGCGUCACAAAGAAAGGGAAGAAUAUGAGUCUAAGUUGCAAAGUAUGGCUCACUCUACUCAUACUUCAAUUGCUACUCGAAAGGCCUUGGACGAAAUCAUUGAAAAAAACGAAAAAAGAAAGCAACCAAAAUUACUAAGAGAUUUGCUAGGAUCCAGAAAUGAUACUGGUCCAAGUUUUGAUGAUCGCAUAUAUCUAAUGUCAGUAGAGAAAAUGAGUCAAAUGGAGCUAGAUGAAGGCUUACCUUACGGAUAUCAAAGCUUCCCUUCAAAAAGAUUUGCAGAGCCAAUAUCUGACAUGGAACGAACAAGGACAGUCUCAGGACAUGAAAGGGCAAAAAGGGCUAAAAGAAUAUUAGACGAAGAGCCGGAACUUAUUCUCAAACCUCAAGAGACUAUAUCUCAUGUCAAUUUCGAGGAAACUGACACCUCAUCACGGAGUUGUAGCUACAGCCUCGACUCUGAAGGCUUGGAAAAAGUGGACCACUUCAUGUCCCAACAAGAACAUAAUCCGUUUGACACACCUCAAAAAUUCACUAUAGAUACGAUAUUGCGCAAGUUCAAAACUGAAUUAGAAGUGUCUCGGGCAAUAUAUACGUACUUAACGCAAAGUUUCAAACUAAUAAAAAGGAAAGAUGAGAAAGUUAGUACAAAGAGAAUGUUCGGAUCUGAGAAAAUAUCCGAAAUCAUGCAUACCUGUUUAUGUACCCCACAUCAGUUGGCUUGGCUUUUUUACAUCAUGGCAGAUACAGCUGGAUUAGAAGUAGAGAUUGUUCUUGGUUAUCUGAAACAUCCGUUUGCACUCAACGAUGUCGUAACCAAUUCAAAGAAAAGACUCAUUAUUAAUCAUUCUUGGAUUAGUAUCAAAAUUGAUGGCGCCUAUCGUUUCAUUGAUGUUAUUUUGGGAAACCCAACCAAUGACUUUUCCGUUAACUAUCCUGAAAUUUGGGAUAAUAAUAUGACGUGGAGAUUUUACUUUUUAGCUAGGCCGUUUCAUUUGAUCCACACUCACAGUCCACGUUAUAUCGACCAGCAACAUAUUGUGCCUCCAAUCGAUGUUGUUGCUCAACUUUCUCUUCCACCUCUAUACCCUAGUGCAAUAGCAUCGGGUGUUUCAUGGUAUAAGUAUAAUACGAGUAUGAUGCAUCUGAGAGAUUACGAACUAUACGAUUUUGCGCUUGAAAUUCCACCCGACUAUUUGGUCCACGGAAAAUUUAAGCCCUACGAUAGUGCUUUUGAAUGUGUUGAUUCUUUCGUUCAAGUUUAUCAAAAAAACGAUGUAAGGAUAGCUCAUUUUCAGGGCAUAAUGUCCAAAGGCUGCCCAGCAGGUUUUGUUUAUGUGGUAGGUAAAAAUGAAUACUCUAAAAAGUGGAAUCUACUUUUGAGUAUUCCAUGUUUUCAUCAAGGAAAGUGGAAACCACUUGAAUGGAUGAAACGGGUUCCUGGCCUGAAUGGAGUUGACGUUUAUGUCAAAGAACCUAAAAUUAACAACCUAAAGUGUGGUGAACAACUUUUCGAUAUUAAAGUCCAUGGAAAAAGCGACUGGAUAAGAGAAGUGCAACAGUUUUACGAUGGAUCGUUGAAACUUGGCUUGUUUCCCCCUAACAAGCAGAUAAUUGAAUUGAAUGUAACCAAUAACCAGUUUACAGGCGAAAUAAAUUUGAACAAAGCAGGAUAUUGGAGGCUGGGUGUUCUUGAUGUUAAGUUUAUGAGAUGGAAAGUUAUAGCAGAAUGGUCGGUCGCAUAG